GAAACGGAAAGCUGACUGCGAGAAAUUCCAUCGGAAAAGCAAAGUUUACUCGUUUCAAGCGGAAAACUUGUCUUUAAAAGCAGCAGCGGCAAUUACUUUACCAAGUAAUAUCACUCUACAUUCACAUUGUUUCGCAAAUCUGGAUGAACAUAGCGAGAUUAUGAUCACCGCCUCAGAACCUGUGGAAUUUAUUCCUAGGGGACGUCAAGCGGUGGAGGAACAUGCUGGCCCCCUUGUCAUCAAAAAACAACAACAAUUACCAGUUGAAUGUAUGUUGUUGUCCCGGAUGCAAAACGUAAAUCUAAGCACCGAUAACCCCAAUGAAUUUUGGACGAUCCAAGAUGUCACGGCGAUGCGAAAAAGUCUCUGUAGCCCGAAAAACAGCAACAAUAACAGCAACGGGCAAUCGUUCAGUACGCGUGACGUCAAUUUGGAAGACGAGCUAUACGUGAAAGGGUAUACUGCAGUAUGGACCCAAGGAUUAAGUCCCGAACAUCAAAUGGCGAGAGUUUGUCUAACAUGCGAAUCGACCAUAAAAUUCGCCUUUUUCUGCCCGCCGAGCUUCAUUUCGACAAAACCAGCAUCCGAAACACUCGUCGAAGACGAACACAACUUCAAUUACGGCGUUGGGCUGUUGGAUGGAACGUGUCUCAAGGUUUAUUUCAAGAACGGCGAAGAUUAUGUCACCGCAAUUGAGAAUCCCAUUUCCAAAGUAUGGGUCACGCGACAAGCUUUAUUGAUGGAAAAAGAUCCCUCGAACGCAAAUGUUGAAAAUUUAGUAGUUCCAAUGCCUCGACUUUUCUCUCUAACCCAUCCAUUGGCGGAAAUGUCACCGAUUUUGAUUAAAAAUCAGAUAAAUUGCAGUUAUUUAGUCGAAGCGGACUACAAAAUUAUUUAUUCGUCAUACGAAACGGACUUGGUUUUGAUGUUUGACCUGAGAAUCGGGAAACAUUUCGUUUGUCGCUUGAGAAAAGCAACGGAAGAUGAGAUUCAAACAGUGGCAGGAACGAAUGACACGCUAAAUGGAACCCCAUUGAACGUUACAAGCAACAUUGGGAUGCACAGCUUAUCGGGACAUCAUUCGUUUUUGAGUAAAGGCACGUCAAAACAUAACAACACGGGGUUGUUUAAAAGUGCAAAUACCUCAUCGUUCCAUCAUCACAGCAAUGUAUCUGUUUCUGAGCCCGGAACUUUUCUUUCUAUCAGUCGCACACCGAUCGGAUCUCCCUUACGAAAUCUUCAAAAUUCGAUGUUGCCAACAAGUUCUUAUCAAACUUUACGAAAAUUUGAUCAAAUUGAGCCUUCUAAGCCGAUUGUACCGGAAUUGUGUUUGGAAAUUAUCUGGACCGACAACUCCGGAACACGUGAUUUUAAUGAAGAAGCGAGUCAUGGAUUCAUUCACACAGAUCUCAUUGGUCAAUCUUACCUUUGUUAUCUACUGCCGCACACAUUUAAGCUUAAUUUAGCUCGCAUGGAGAAAUCUCACACGCCAGACACGCAAGUUUUUGGAAUUGUAACGAGUGUUCCCGCAAAAGAUGCCGUCGAAUUGAAGAACAUCAACAUGAUCGCUGUUUUAGCUCCUUGUGGUAACGUGAUGUUGUACUCAGGUCCAUAUUUGACAGGAAAAGUUCAUAUAAGUGGAAUUUUAUCGGGACUUACGACGCCAUCGAGCAUCAAUGUGUCAUCUUUUUCAUCAUUUCCACGCAGAAGUAGUUUAUUACCGAUGUCUCGACACUCAGCAGACUCCAAAUUCGAUGAUGAGUUGCACAUGUUGUCGCCAGUACUGCCGUUACAUGCCUCUUCAACGAAUAGUUCGUCGUCAAAAACGAAUUGUCAGGAGUUACGUGACGCUACAGGAUCGAGUCUCACAUUAGUAUAUCCAGGAAAAAUGUAUCGCAUUAACGUUCCUUUGGUGUGUGAAUCAAUUUUGGUGACUAAAUGCUUGGAAACGCUUCGACAAGUACUGCAAAAGGAGUUGGCAAUUCAUUUAAUUAUCAAAUGGUAUGGCACUCGCAACGCUCCCGGCACAAAAGAUUUCAGUCCCAACAAGGAAUGGAAACUCUUUAUGUCGAUGUUAUUCGAACAAAUUGGACGUCCAACGGAGGAAUUUGACAACAACGGCGUGCAAAAUGAGCAAAAUAUGGAACAAGAUACUUCCACAGAAAAUUCUCACAGCAAACGUCGUAAAAGUGACUUAAUAAACGGAACCGAUGCUGAUUGGCAAUUCCUCUUGAACUUUCAUCGAUCGAUUCAUCCUGAUCCCCGUGACAUUGAAAAUCGCCCGAUGUUGACUUACAAAUCGGAAACUCCACUUUUUCCGCAUAUUCCGUUAAUUUUCUACACUUUACAUUUGUUGUACGAAGAUUUGAAGCUCGAUACGAGUCUUUUGACGGAAAUUAAGCAGUUGGCUCAACUUUUGCAUCAAUUGGCGAUCGAUUUGAAUCUCAGUAAUUUUGCGUCGCAUUACGUCAUGGAUUUCCCUGAUUUGGUGAGAAAUGAUCGAACAGCCGUAAUUAAAGAUGUCGACAGUAAAAAGCUACUUCAUACUCAAUUUUAUUUUGGAGCUGAUGUUCCGAACUUGUUUAAAUUUGUCUACACGGUGAUUUGUGGCGUUCCAACAAAUCCGUAUCCUUACAUAAAAGACUUGAAUGUGACUUCGAAAAAUAUUGCUCAAAUAAUGUCGUUAAUUUUUGAGAGAGUAACUGACUUGAGUACUUGCGUGAAGAAAGUUGUGCCUCCCGGGGGAAGACAUGAACUUGCCGCUGUCGAGGAAAAGAAGAAAAAGCCGUUGUAUGAUGAGGAAACUACAUUGCCGCACAAAAUUAUUUAUCAUUUGAUUGAUAUGGGUAUCACUCGCAAAAAUAUUCAAAGCUUUCCAGUAGCAAUCCAUUUCAUUUUGGCGCAAUCUUUGGAAAAUAGUCGCUUGAAUCCCCCCAUCGGAUGUUCAGCAGAGGCGUACAAGCUCUUAUUGCGACGCGAACUGACCGAACACGCAAAUGUCUUGAAGAAAAUGGAAGGAAAUGACAAAAAUUAUGCUUCGGAUAACUUUAAACAAACUUCAAUUUCCAAACGAAAGCGUCAAAAGAACGAUAUCAAGAUAAAACCCGAUAAGAAAAACGAGGAAGAUGGCAUGGAAAAUACCGACACCGAACUUUUACGUCUUCGCUUCCCCUCAGAUCUGCGAAUUAACACCGUUCGUAGCUUCUUGAACAGUUCCAAGCCUGUUAUCAUCGAUAUUGCGCAGCUGCCUUCCGUUUCGGAUCACGAAUUCAUCGAAGAACAAGAGAAACAGCUAUUUUCUUUGUGUAUUCGAACGAUGGCAUUGCCCAUUGGUCGUGGCAUGUUCACAAUUCGAACAACAACCCCAUCAUGCACUGAAUCUCUUUCCAUUCCAAAACUUUGUUUGAGCGGAAAAGAAGUAAAUCGCGGUGCGACAAUCGAAUUGCAACAAAUUGAGGUGCCUGCAAACAUGACAACGUGGCCUCAAUUUCACAAUGGCGUCGCUGCAGGCUUAAAAAUCUCCUCCGACUCCAAAGACAUCGAUUCAACGUGGAUUAUUUACAACAAACCGAAGACAAAUGCCGAACAAUCGAGCGAUCAUGCGGGAUUUUUGAUGGCUCUCGGCUUGAAUGGACUUCUAAAAUCUCUUUCGUUCAUGAGUAUUUACGAAUAUCUCGUGAAAUGUGACGAAAUGACAAACGUUGGUUUAUUGCUGGGCAUUUCCGCGACGCAUCGAGGCACUCAAGACCUCAAAACGACAAAACUAUUGUCAGUUCACAUGGAAGCGUUGCUCCCUCCGACUGCCGUUGAACUGGAUAUCCCUCAAAACAUUCAAAUUGCCUCGUUGAUGGGCAUCGGACUCGUUUAUCAAGGAACUGCCAAGCGACACAUUGCCGAAGUGCUGUUACAAGAGAUCGGAAGACCUCCAGGGCCCGAAAUGGAAAAUUACGUCGAACGAGAAUCGUAUGCUUUGACCGCUGGAUUAGCUUUGGGCCUCGUAACUCUCGGAAUGGGCGAAGAAACGAGCGGUUUGCGGGAUUUGGGAUUGUCAGAUACGUUGCAUUAUUACAUGGUAGGCGGAAAUAAACGUCCUUUGGGCGGUGCACAAAAAGACAAGUACAAAUUGCCGAGUUUUCAAAUACGGGAAGGAGACACGGUGAACAUUGAUGUAACAGCACCCGGAGCAACUCUCGCCCUUGGACUGAUGUUUUUCAAUACUGGCAACGAAGCUGUCGCAAAUUGGAUGAAACCGCCCGACACGAAAUUUUUGUUGGAUUUUAUUCGACCGGAUUUGCUGCAGUUGCGAAUCAUCUCGAAAGGUCUCAUAAUGUGGGAUAAAGUUCAACCGACCACAGAUUGGAUCAAUUCGAAUGUUCCGGCGUCAUUAGCAGCAAUUAUCAAGGAACGUCCUGACCCGGAUGACGUUAAUAUCGAAAUUGAUCACGAAGCGAAUUGCCAAGCUUAUUGCAAUAUCAUCACCGGAGCUGCGGUUUGCAUUGGAUUACGAUAUGCGGGAACGAACGAUGAAAAAGCAUUUAAUACUUUGAAGAAAGUUAUCGACUUUUUCCUUAAUAUCAACACGCAAUGGCAGUACAUCAGUGAAUUUACGGGAAAAGCCACCAUUGAAUCUUGUGCUAUUAUGGUUUUGUUGUCACUCUCGUUGGUUUGCGCUGGAAGCGGAGACUUGACGAUCUUGAAGAUGAUCCGAAUGAUGAGAUCUCGCAUUGGAACAGCUUAUUCGCAAGUAACGUACGGAAGUCACAUCGCAAUUCAUAUGGCGCUUGGUUUUCUCUUUUUGGGCGCAGGACGUUAUACGUUGUCAAGAUCACCGGAAGCAAUUGCUGCGUUAGUUAUUUCGCUUUUCCCAAAGUUCCCGAAUCACAGUAGCGAUAACAGAUAUCAUUUGCAAGCUUUUAGACACUUGUAUGUACUGGCGAUUGAACCGAGAUUGUUUCUGACGAGAGAUAUCGACACCGGAAAAUUAGCUUUGUGUAAUAUGACCUACGUCGAUCUCUCUGGUUGUAAAGAAGCCGUCGCUCCCUGCAUGUUGCCUGAAUUGGAAUCCCUCAAAACUGUCAGUGUCGAAGACUCGAGUUAUUGGCCUGUUUAUUUCGAUCGUCAACGAAAUUGGGAUCAACUAGUGAAAAUUCUUCAAUGUUCCGGAUGCAUCGACAUCAAACAACGAGCUGGUUGCUUUUCGCAUUUAGAAGAUCCAAAUAGGCUCAAGACAAUUUUGUCACAAACAUUAACCGAGGAACAGUUCAAGGCAUGGAAAAUUGAUCCACAGAGUCUUCUUUCCUUCUCGCACGAAGAAAACAUUUUGAAUUUUACGAACAAAUUCAUUUUUCCUCUAACUGGCAAUGAAGUGGCAGAUUUGGGACCUGCUUCACUUACGGAAAACACUUUAGUUCAAAAACUCGUGCUGCUGGCAUACAAUUGCCUCACAAAAGACAAAAUGCAUGCUCUCUCAAUUUACGUCGAUCUGCUUGAUGCCAUGCGAGACCUCAAUACCUCGGCAAAUCCUCUGCAAUUCGUGUGGCAAAUAAAAAUUAUCGGAAAAAUUCUGGAAAUGUACAAACACGUGAAUGAAGAUGAUUUUUUGUUAUCUUAUGAAAUUCUUAGUUCGAUUCUCGUUUCGAUCAAAGAACGUAUUGAGAAGUUGGUGAAACAGCGAGAGACCGUACUGAAGGAAUAUUUGAGCACAAAUGACGUGAUGUUGCUGCGAAGUAUAAAAGAUGACAAGGAAUUGAACGAGAUUUUUACAAUUUUAGUAUUUUAUGGCAUUGCUUUGGAUGCGCAGAUUUUGCCACAAGGAUCGACGAGUAAAUUACAAAUAAUGGCACAACUGAAGAAAGUUGGCUUGGAUAGUGAAGCUAUCUUGUUUAUUAGAAAUUUGUUCAAAUUGUGAGAUUAUUAGGUGUUGCUAAUAUUUAAAUAGGUGAAAUAUUUUUGAAAAAAAUAAAUAAAUGUUCAAAUUUUCAUG